UACCAACAAAGGAGUCCUUCAAAUUGAUCACUGAAGAUUUCUACAGCAUCUGGAAUUUCCCUCACUGUUUAGGCUCAGUUGAUGGAAAACAUAUCCGUGUUCAGUGUCCCCAAAAUUCAGGAUCAAUGUACUUUAACUACACAAAAAAAUUUCCAUUGUCCUUCAAGGUGUUGCAGAUUCACACUACAAGUUCAUUGCUGUUGAUGUAGGAGGCUUUGGAAAGCAAAGUGAUGGUGGGACGCUCCAAGCCUCUGAGGUGUACAGUGUCUUGACAAAGAGAAAACGAGAAAUGCCUGAACCUUCUAACCUACCAAAUACAAAUGUCAAAGCUCCAUAUGUGUUUGUGGGGGAUGAAGCCUAUCCACUUUUACCUUUCCUAUUAAAACCGUAUGGUGGACGUAAUUUGACUAUUGAAGAUAACACCUUCAACCAACGUUUAUCCAGGUGUAGGAAGACUGUUGAGUGUGCUUUUGGCAUUUUAUACAGCAAAUGGCAUUUACUGUCAAAGUGUGUAGAAACCAAAGUUGAUUUGGUUGACAGCAUUGUAAAAUGUAUUUGUGUUCUGCAUAACACAAUCAUAGAUAAAGAGGGCGUUGAACAUCAUCUAACUGAGACUGCCGUCUCAACUCUUCAGCAAAAUGAUCAUAUGUAUUCUCAGGGAAGACCGUCAAACGAAGCUGUGAAUGUUAGGGAAAUCUUUAAAUCUUUCUUACUGAAGUAUCCUUUAGUAAACAAGGACCAAACAAAGCAGUAAACCAUGUUCAAGAUAACAGAGUUUCACUAGUUGUGUUUUUGCUACUUAACUAAUCUUAUUACUCCUGUACUGUCCACAGUAAAAAACUAGAGAUAAAAUGGUUCAUAUAUUGUAA